CUUUUUCAAGACGUACAGGCACCUUAAAAUGACCUCUGCGAUGUCAGACUGAUGUGAUAGCCGCUGGCUGCUAUCAUGAGAAGAGGAGGCAGCCUGCAGGAGCGCCAGCUGAAAGCAGAAGGGCCAGAAGCAGUUACAGGGAAGCCACACAGUAUCUACACUGACACACCUGUGGCAGCAGAGACGCUGCUCAUCAUCUCCUCAUUCCUGCAGUCCACCGACCACACGCAUCCCAUCGAGAGGCUGGAGGGCGGUCUGGCGGCGGCGUGCAGGGCUGACGGUUCGCUGCUGGGCUCGGAGGACACCGGGCUGGACCCCCAGCGCACACGGCAGGCCAUCGCACAGCUGCAGCAGAAGAUCCUGAAGCUCACGGAGCAGCUGCGCAUCGAGCAGGCGGCCCGCGACGAGAAUGUGGCCGAGUACCUCAAACUGGCCAGCAAUGCCAGCGACAAACAGCAGAGCUCCCGCAUCAAACAGGUGUUUGAGAAGAAGAACCAGAAGUCUGCGGCAAGCAUUGCCCAGUUGCAGCGUAAGCUGGAGCAUUACCACCGGCGUCUGCGUGAGGUGGAGCACAGCGGCGUGCAGCGGCAGCCCAAAGACAUGCUGCGGGACAUGCAGCAGGGCCUGCGAGAUGUGGGCGCCAGGGUCAUCACGGGCCUCAGCGAGGGGGUGGUGGACAGCGUCAAGGGCGGACUGUCCAGUUUCUCCCACGUCACGCACUCAGCCGCCGGGGCCGUGGCCUCCAAACCUCGUGAGAUCGCCUCACUGAUCCGCCACCGCUUCGGCAGUGCUGAUAACAUCAGCGUGCUGAAGGACGGGCCGGAGGAUGCCGAGGAUGGUGUGGCCACUGCUGGACGCUCUCUGGGAUCCGCUGGCGGACACCUGCAGUCCAGCCCCAAGUUCGGCAGCGAUGAGGACUGUUCGAGCGCAACCUCGGGAUCAGUGGGAGCCAUCAGCAUGACGGGGGCCCCCGGGGGCCCGCCCAGCUCCAGAGGAAACACACUAGAACGGGGCCACAGCGGCAGCCUGGACAUGUUGCUGCAGGAGCUACUAAGGUUUGGCUUUUUCCUCUUAGAUGGUAAAAGUUCGAGAAGGGAAAUGAAGGAGAGGGAGAAUCGGCCUCAUGUACAGGAAGUUACCGUGUUUGUGGCGUUGUGUUUCUGUAGGUGUGAGCGCUUAGAGGAACAAGUGAACGAUCUGACGGAGCUCCACCAGAACGAGAUCCUGAACCUGAAACAAGAGCUGGCCAGCAUGGAGGAGAAGAUCGCGUACCAGUCCAACGAGAGGGCCCGAGACCUGCAGGAGGCUCUGGAAGCGUGUCAGACGCGCGUCUCUAAGAUGGAGCUGCAGCAGCAGCAGCAGCAGGUGGUUCAGCUGGAGGGCCUGGAGAACGCCACGGCUCGCACACUCAUGGGCAAACUCAUCAACGUGCUGCUGGCUCUGAUGGCCGUGCUGCUGGUCUUCGUCUCCACCAUCGCCAACUGUGUGGUCCCGCUGAUGAAGACACGCAGCCGCUCCGUCUCCUCGCUGCUGGUCUUCCUCCUCUUUGCCGUGCUCUGGAGAAACUGGGACGCUUUCUCAGGACACACCUCCCGCCUCCUGCACGUGCCCAGAUGAGCGCACAGAAGACAUGCUGGUUUCAGACCAUUUUGCACAGUUUUUCCCUUUUGAAUGCCUUUGGAGCAUUGCUCUGGAAUGAGAUUAAUAUUAAUAUUAUUCAUAUUUCUAAUAUAAUUUAGCUGAAUGUAGCAGUAGCUCACACAAAAAUGAAAAAUCUGUCAUCAUUUCCUCAGUGUUGUGAGUAAACGCCCGUAUGCUGCUAUUUUUUCUGAUGAACACAAAGGGAGAAAUGUUGAUGUCCUAUUGACUCAGAAUGAUGAGGAACAUGUGAAUGAACAGAAAGGGUGAACUGAGCUGCUCUAAAACUUCUCCUGUGUUCAUUGAAAGAAUAACAUCAUACAUGUAUUAGAUCUGAGGGGGAGUGAGGCGAGUGUUUGGUUGGAGCGUGUGUUCAUCGGUCUGACUGAAGUGAUGAUUUGAGCUGGUUUCAUGGCGUCUGAAGGAAGACUCAAGCCUCAGACAUCAUCCUCUGCUUUCAUUACUCAUCAUUUUCAAGAGGUCAAAGGAUGUUGCUGUUUACUAGCAUUAUCUGAUGUAAAACACUGUUAAAUGAAGUAAUACUUUAUUGAAUAUUGCACCGCCUUACUGGACCUGUGACAGACAGCAGAGAAAGACAAUGACAGUAGUAGCUGUGACUGCUUAUUCAUAAUGUCUGUAAUAUCACAGUGCAGUGUUUCUGAUCUGGUGUUUUGGCGUUAUGAUGGAGAGGGUUUUGUGAUGAUCUGUAGGUUCUUAUGUCUGCUGUAGUGAAUGAUGGAUCAGGAUUCAGGACUGUUCUUAUGAAUGGAGACGCUUGUGUGUUUGAUCAUAAGCUGGACAUAAGCUGACCGAAGCUCCUCACACCUCCACUCGUGUGUCAUUCAGAUCUUAUGAACUGUUAGCACAGUCGUUUAACUGUACAGUAAUAAUGUUUAAUAGUUCUGUUUCAGUCAUUUAAUAAUCCUCAGGGGAAAGUCCUCUGCUGAAGCUUUAUUGUGUAUGUGAGUGUGUGUGUGUGUGUGUGUGAG